AUGGCUGACAAGACUGAGUUCGAUUCUCGCCCAAAUCAGAUCCCGAAAGAUAUGCAAGGACCUGACAAUGGCAUCCCGCUUUCACCUCAGUGGCUUCUGCCAAAGCCAGGGGACAACAAGGCUGAAGCUGUUACCGGGGAGAACCAUUUCAGUUCUCUCCCGGGUCAUGCCAACCGUCCUGUUGCUGUGAAACCAACUGGAGUGGGAGAUGAUUCGGUUGAUAACCCUAAGAAGAAAGAUGUUUUUCGUCCUUCGGUGCUGGACAUGGAGCCUGGCCGCAGGGACCGCUGGCAUGAUGAAGAAAGGGAAACGAAUUCAUCCACCCGCAAGGACCGCUGGAGGGAGGGUGAGAGAGAUCUGCACCCUGACAGCCGCAGGGCAGACCGCAAGCCCGACCCAUCUGGAGGGAGGCACUAUGGGGAAGCACGCAGGGCCCCAGGCGAGCGGUGGACUGACUCGGGAAACAGAGAUAAUCAUGAUCAGCGCCGUGAGAGCAAGUGGAACACCCGGUGGGGACAUGAUGACAAGGAAGCAGACCCGGCGCGCGAGAAGUGGGGAUACUCGGGCAACAAGGAGGAUGAUGUUUCCCUUGAUAAGGGGCCGACCCAAGCUCCUCCUUCUCAUGGGAAGGAAGAGAGGGACGGUGGGGAACACUAUCGGCCGUGGAGGCCAAAUUCUUCCUACAGCCGGGGUAGGGGUGACCCUCAUCACCAGACCUUGACCCCCGGAAAACAGGUUUCCACCUUUUCUCAUGGCCGGGGGCGCGGGGAAAACCCAGCUCCUGUUGUGUCCCAUGGCAGGGGAAGGGUUGGCUCUGGGGGGAAUUUGGUUACCCACACGGCCAAUCAUUUGCAACCACGUGGACCUCUUAUGGAGAAAGGUGAAACCGGCUAUGGAGCGCCCUGUCGUCUGACUUAUAGCAGGACAAAACUGAUUGAUAUAUACAGGACAACUGAUAUGACAGGUUACAGACGUGAGUGUUUAGAGGGUGUCGCCCAAGUACCUUCACUUACUCAAGAAGAACCUACCGAACCACUGGCUUUUUCUGCACCAACUCCUGAAGAAUUGGCUAUUCUGAAGGGAAUUGACAAAGGAGAAAUCAAUAGUAGUGGUGCUCCACAGGUCAAUAAAGAUGGAUCUGCUGGCCGUACCACAACUGAGUUAAUGCAAACGAGAAGAAACAGGCUAGGCGGUGGUAAGGAUGACUUGACCUUUCCUAUGGAUGAUUCAAAAUAUGGCACUCCGAGCAAUCCUGAUGGUUACUCAGACUAUUCGGAAGCUCCUGUGCAUGGAAAACAUAUUCAUCGAUGGCCCAAUGCGAAAGUUGAGACAAUGCAAGAGUAUAGGACCUCUUCUAACAUAUUGAAUGUUGAAGCUUUAAAGGAAGACGGUGUUAUUCAUAGGAAGAAUGAUGAUGGUUCUGCUGCCAGAGAAUCUAGUACGCCGGAAAAUUCUUCACUUCGCACUGGUUCUUGGAGAUCUUCAUCUUUUACAGAAAGCUCACGUUUAGCUUCUGAUUGGAGAGAAGGCUCUCUGGAUAUGCCAAAAGAUCGUAACAAUGUUUGGCAGAACAGUAUGAUUGAUUCACCUAAUACCAAUAAAGGAGCACCCAGAUGGCAGGUGGGUGACGAUCCAAUUUUGGGAAGGCAACCACCUGCAGCUGUCAACAGAGAUAUGGAAUCACAUACAAUUUCUCAAUCUUCUCCUGAAGACUUGGUUCUUUUCUAUAAAGAUCCUCAGGGUGAAAUUCAAGGCCCUUUUACUGGGAAUGAUAUCAUUACAUGGUUUGAGUCGGGAUAUUUUGGCAUUGAGUUGCAAGUUCGUCUGGCCAAUGCUCCGGUUGACUCCCCCUUCUAUUUACUUGGAGAUGUGAUGCCCCAUUUGCGUGCCAAGGCUCGGCCACCUCCUGGAUUUAAUACCCCCAAACCAAAUGAAAUCCAGGACACCUCUGGCAGAUUAAACUAUACCAAUGUUGGGAAUUUACAUGCGGUUGUGGGUGAAGCUGAUUUGUUACAAAAUGAUUCGAGAUAUAAACAGGGUAUGGGUUCCACAACGGAGGCUGAGAAUAGGUUUCUAGAGUCCUUGAUGGCUGGCGGUAUGAGUACAACUCCAUUUGAAAAGCUUGUUCUUUCAGAAGGCAUGCAGGGGUAUGCUGGAGCUAAUUUUAUUGCACAGCCUCCAUUGGGAACAAACAGUGGGGAAGACCCAUAUUUACUGGCUAAGAAGUUGGCAUUGGAGAGGCAGAGGCCUGUACCAAAUCCUUAUUCACUUUGGCCUGCGAGAGAUGCAGCUACUGUUACAGACAAUGCUCGAGUACAGCAUCUUACACAGAAUAUGGAGUCACUGCCUGCCCAUCCAGGAUUACUUGACCGACCUGUACCAGCUGCCAACAAUGGAGCUAGUGGUUGGAUGAAUUUCCCGGCCCAAUUGGGUUUGGACCCACUUCAGGAUAAGUUGGAUAUUCGUCAUGCACAGAAUAUUCCUUCACAAUCUGCCCUUGGUAUAUUGCAGCAGAGGCUACAGCAGCCACAGAACACACCCUUGGGUAAUCUAUUAGCCCAAUCAUUGGAUAAUUCAUCUAGGAUAAUUUCUCCGGAGAAUCUUCUUGCUUCCGGAAUUCCUCAAGAUCAGCAGAUUUUAAGUUUGUUGCAACAACAGUAUUUGCUACAGCAGGUUCAACCCCAGGCCCCUGUUGCGGCCCAGCAGUUGUCACUUUUGGAUAUGAUGCUUAAGCAGCAACAGAAGCAGGAAGAGCAGCAACUGUUAAUGCGCCAGCAGCAGCAGUUGCUCUCGCAAGUGCUGUCCGAGCGUCAGCUGAAUAAACAAUCAGGCGAGCCUUCGUUUGCCCAGCUGCAGCAAACUGGUGGUUUUGCAGCGGGAAAUGCUAAUGUGGAUCACACCCAUUUUCAACAACAUCAUGAUAUAUUUCAGACUGGUUCACAGGUGCAAGCUCCUGACAUACGAGAUGAUACUGCAAAUGAUGCUGGUUUUGUUAUGUCUCCUAAUGAUCCUCAGGAUGUGAGCCGAAAUAUAGGGCCAGAAACUUCAGAAAGUUCCAUGCAUCUGCCACAUCAGAUUUUUUCUAAUAUCCCAAAGCAAAGAGACUGGAAUGAUGCUCCUGCUGCAGACAAAAAUGUUGAGCCGCCAAAGGAUCUUUCAAGCACGACAGAUGACAGGGAACAUUUGGGGAAAUCUGUCCCACUGAAGCAAAAUACAGUUGAUCAUAAAAAUGAUUCAGUAUUUCAUGAAGCUUUGGAUGCAAUCACUAAGGCUCCGACUGGAGAAUUAUCCGAACAGGGUGGAAGUGAAGAACAGCACACUGCUGAUUCCUCUGUGGUAAAGCAAGUUAAAGUCCCUGAAGCACGGGUUAAGAAGUCGAAGAAGCAAAAGUCUUCUUCCAAGGCUCCGGUUGACUCAGUAAAGGGUGGCGUGACCAAGUCACAACAGUUGAAGUCAUCGGAAUCUGAAGGAGCGGCCUCCAAUUAUGCAAAAUCAGAGACACUUACUGCCCAAGGAGAUGCACUUGCAGCAUCUGCAACAGAAAAGGAGAAGGCAAAGAACAAAAAAUCAGCUGAGGAUGUGGGGCUCCUACCAGGCCAAAACUCAUUUCCUGCUCAUAAUUAUGCAGAUGGUGUUGUAACUACUGAGACAAAUGCUCAGCCAGGGCAAGUUGCACAUGUUUCACAGGUCAACACGCAAGCAAAUACUGGUCAACGGGCAUGGAAACAUGCCCCUGGUUUCAAGCCAAAAUCACUACUAGAGAUACAACAGGAAGAGCAGAGAAGAGCACGGGAACGGGAGGAAGCGGCAGUUUCUGAUAUCUCAACUUCUCUAAGCUCCAUGAGCGUCUCAUCCCCUUGGGCUGGAGUAGUUGCAAAUGCAGAUUAUAAGGCAUUGGAGGAAACCCGGCAGGAACCCCCCAGCACAGAGAUAAACUUCACCAAGUCUGACAGCUCCUCUGUCCUGAAGAACGAUAAUAACCAAAAUGAAGAUCUGUUCUGGGAUACUAAUGUUUCCAAAUUAGGUGACAGAGAACUAGAGACGAUCAAUAGUCGGGUGCCUUUAACAUCAAUAAUGAGUUCCCAAACUGAUCCUGUCGUUGCUGAUGACUUUAUUGAUGCUAAAGAUACUAAAAAGAGCCGUAAAAAAUCUGCCAAGGCUAAAAAGGCGGCUCCCGUAGUUACUGCCACCGACGUGUAUGUUGGAUCAAGUCCGAGUGAUAAAGGUAAGCUUGCUCGGCAAAUGCAACAGCAGAAGGAAGUGCUGCCUCUUCCAUCUGGCCCUUCCUUGGGGGACUUUGUUACCUGGAAGGGGGAGUCUGCUAGUCCUCCUGCCCCUGCUUGGUCUGAUUCUGGAAAACUAGGUAAACCCGCAUCAUUGAGAGACAUCCUUAAGGAGCAGGAGAAAAAGGUUUCUUCUUCACAGCAGGUGCUAACUCCUCAGAAGCCUGCAACAAAUCAACCUGCUCGUGCAAGUGUUCCUUCAUGGUCGCAUUCUUCUUCCCCUGCAAAGGCUGCGGCUCCAGUGACUAAAUCACAAGCUUCCUCCCAGUCAAAACAUAAUAAAGUUGAGGAUGAUCUGUUCUGGGGACCACUAGAGCAACCGAAGUCAGAAGAUAAGCAGUCCGAGUUUCCUCAACUCGGAACACAGGGAAGUUGGGGAAGCAAAAACACCUCUGUGAAGGGAAACCCUAGCGGGAUUUUAAACCGACAGAAAUCUACUGGUGGCAAAGCUGCAGAUUAUCCGUUUUCUGUUCCAGCUUCCUCGGGUCAAUCAUCCCUCAAAGGAAAGAAAAAUGCUACUACCAAGCAUUCAGAGGCUAGUGACUUCAAGGAAUGGUGUGAGAGCGAGUGCAUUAGACUCAUCGGAUCCAAAGAUACAAGCAUACUUGAAUACUGUCUGAAGAUAUCGAGGUCUGAGGCGGAGACACUACUGAUAGAGAAUCUUGGCUCGUUUGACCCAAACCAUGAGUUUAUAGACAAGUUCCUGAACUACAAGGAUUUUCUGCCCGCAGAGGAUGUCGAGGCUGCUUUCAAGAACCGGAAUGAUCGAAAAACCUCUGCCAAUCUGAGCGGUGGGGACAUGCUUUCUGAUUCAUAUCCUGAUGUCUUUGGUGGGACCGGUGCCGUUGAUGGGGGCACCACGAAAGCAGGAAAAAAGAAAGGGAAAAAGGGGAAGAAAGUGAGCCCGGCGGUCUUGGGGUUCAAUGUUGUGAGCAACCGUAUUAUGAUGGGUGAGAUUCAGACGGUGGAUGAGUAA